AUUAGGCUGACAACACUCUGACCUCACGAAAUAAAUUGUGGACCUCCCAUGGAUCCUCUACUCAUUUUCCACUCGACGAAAUCAGUUUCACCAUGAUGAACGCCCCUCUCAAGCACCCCCUGCUCCCUCUCCUUGUGCUGGUCUUGAGUGCCGCAAGUUCCGGUGCUUUUGUUCCAUUGAUGACAAGACAUCUCCAGCAGACAGGGACGUUCAUGACGAUUGUAUCUCCCUUUGAUGAAUCAGCCGAGUCUUCCUCUGAGGAUACGGCUGUUGCUGUUGCUACCAAACCAGAGUCGUCAGGGGAAGGUCCUUUUGAUCUGACCUGGGAAAAUGUGGAGAUGGUACUGGAUGAAAUGAGGCCCUACCUGAUUCAGGAUGGUGGUAAUGUCAUUAUUCAAGAAAUCGAUGGGCCUGUGGUGAGGCUGGAGCUUCAGGGAGCUUGCGGUACUUGUCCAUCUAGUACUCAGACGAUGAAGAUGGGACUGGAAAGAGGGCUGAAGGAGAAAAUCCCAGAAAUUCAAGAGGUCAUCCAAGCCAUGCCAGAAGGACCACCUCUCAAUGAGGAACAAGUGGGUGUCAUUUUGGAUGGGGUUAGACCAUUCCUUCAGGUGGCCGGUGGGUCCAUUGAAUGCAAUAGAUUGGAAGGAGUGGAUGGUCUCCAGCCAGCCAUUUAUCUUGAAAUGAAGGGCAGCAGUGCUUCGCUCAACAGCGUCAAAUUGGAGAUUGCUCAACGAUUGCAAAAACACUUUAUGAUGGCUGGUUUGCGUGUUGAAUGGAUUGGAGACUAAAACACAAAUGUGCCCCAACAAACUGUGGGCUGGAAUUUGCAUCAUCAUGUACACAACAACAAUCUUCCAGUUCGGUUCCAAUAGUACUCAUGGAAGAGGCGUGGAAGAGGAGAUGACGCAAAAUAGCUCCAUACACUGUUGACUGUAAAAUAGCUCGAGGGUGAAGUCUUCGGACUAACAUGUAGCCAUCGAUACCCAGGAUUAAUUGUUAUGUUCAGGAUUCACAACUACAGCAUCAAUCCAUUUUUUUCAGAGACUACUACGACUGCACUUCAGCUUGGCUGGUUUGGUGGGAG